AUGGCCGCUUCCGGAGCAUCAGAAGCAAAGAUCCAAGAAUUGCUGGGCAAGCCACGCGCUGAGCUCACAGAAUACGAGAUCUCCCUGCUCGAAACACACGAGUUCACCUCAGGCCCGCUCUCGCUCCUCCAGACCGCCGUCCGACAGCAUACUCAAGUCCUCAUUUCAUGUCGCAACAACAGAAAAUUGCUUUGCAGAGUCAAGGCCUUCGAUCGACACUGCAAUAUGGUUUUGGAGAACGUGAAGGAGAUGUGGACAGAGAUUCCGCGCUUAGCAGAUGGAAAGAAGGGACGACCAGUUAACAAGGACCGCUUCAUCAGCAAGAUGUUCCUCAGAGGCGACAGCGUCAUCCUAGUGCUACUAUCCUAG